AUGAAUGAGACUGAUGCUGAGCAUAAUGCAGCUUCUUUCCGAUACUUGGAGCAGCUGAGAAACUCCGUCUAUGGUCCCUUCUUUGCUGAUCAAUAUGAUCGAACGCUUCUUCUUCGCGGCAUCAAUGUGUCUGGCGCUUCUAAACUACCAAGUGGGCCAGACUUUCCUCGCUGCAUUGACCCGCUCGACGAAGCUUUUUGGAAGCCAGUUUCGUUUGUUGGACGGCCCUUUCCUGUUGAAGAAGCUAGAGCACACUGGCAACGACUCAAGUCAUGGGGCCUGAGCCUGAUUCGCUUUGUGGUCACAUGGGAAGCAAUUGAGCCGGACGAGCCUGGCGUAUAUGACGAAGAGUAUCUGAAGUACGUCGCAAGUAUACUCAAGGAAGCAAGUGAUAUCGGGUUGCUCAUCGUCAUUGACAUGCAUCAAGACUGCUGGAGCAGAUUCACAGGCGGUAGUGGUGCACCCUUGUGGACGCUGCAUAUGGCGGGAAUCGAUGCAACCUUACACAAACUACACGCCACUGGCGCUGCUCUCUUGCAAGGACCCAAGCAUGAGAGCUAUGCUGAACCUGGAACGCUAUGGGCAACCAAUUACACAAAGUUCGCCAUCAACCACAUGUUCACCCUCUUCUUUGGUGGUGAAGUGUUUGCUCCCAAUUGUCAGUACAAGGGAGAAGCUGUUGGCCUUGUUCUUCGACGACACUUCAUCGACGCUGCGGCACGCCUGGCGUCUACCCUUGCAGGCAUUCAUGGCAUCCUGGGCUUUGACGUCUUGAAUGAGCCUCAUGCUGGAUUCAUUGGGCUCGCGUCACUCGACAAUUUCAACGAGGAUGUACACCUUCAUCUAGGCAAUGCUCCGUCAGGAAUACAAAGCAUGCUGCUUGCAUCUGGUGUGCCGCAGGAAGUGCCCCACUUUACCAAGUCAUGGCCAGUGCCUACCAAGAAGACCUCUAUCAAAAUGUUGAAUGCAGACGGAAUACGACUAUGGAGAGACGACAUGGAAGAUGUGUGGCGCCAGCAUUCUGUAUGGAAUAUUAUUGAUGGACAAACAAGGUACGACCCUCGUCACUUUACGAGGUAUCCCAAGACCCAUGCCAGAGCUGGCGAAGAGGUCAAGUUCCUGCAAGACUUUUACCGGCCGUUCCUCAUGUCAUUUGACCAAGCUAUCAAAGCAGCUAUGCCACACGCAUAUACGUUUGUUGAGCCGAUCCCCAAUAUUCGCAAUAUGGGCUUACUCGACCAAGCGCCAUCUCAGACAUGCUUUGCACCUCACUGGUAUGACUUGCAAGCACUCUUUGAAAAGAAGUGGUCGCGGUACAUGACGAUGAAUGUGCAACAGCUGGCGCAGGGGUCUCGCAAUUUAUGGACACACACGUAUUUUGGCAAGCGUCAGGCAGCGGAUAACUAUACAAAGCAGUAUGCUUGGCUCUUUCAAGAUGCACCAAGGGCUAUACCGCGUCUCAUUGGCGAGACGGGGAUUCCCUUUGAUAUGAACAAGCAAUAUCAGCGCGGAAAAGUGGUAUAUCAAGACCAAGCAGAUAUGCUUGAUGUCAUGUGCACGGCCAUGGAGCGCAACUUGCUCAGCUACACGCUGUGGAACUACACGCCAGAAAACAAGUCACAUAGAGGCGGUGGUGAUUUGUGGAAUGGCGAGUGCUUCAGCGUGUAUUGCGCGGCGGAUCACGUUGGAACGAGCAUCUAUGCUGGGACACGCGCCAGAGAAGGAUGGAUUCGGCCGCAUGCGUUCAAAAUCGCUGGCCAGCCCCUGUUAUCGGAGUACUCGGCUGACGAUGGAAUUUAUCGUCUCCGGUACAAAGGUGCCGGCAGCCUGCAUACGCUUGGCAGAACGACGGAGGUCUUUGUGCCCAAGUACCUGCGCAUCGAGGCCAUCCAUGUAUCACUACGGAGACGAUGUACAAUCACAACAAGUCUGGAUAUGCAAACCAUCACGAUCUGUCAUGAAGAGCAAGAGUUGAUUGAAGUAGAAAUUCCACUGCUGCUGCGUUCAUAG